GCUCAAGGAAACGUCGUCGGCGGGUUGUCGCCUUCUUUGGUUCGUCAGUAAUAAGCACUAGUGUCCGUCCCAUCGUAUGUCGAAUCGAAAAUUUUGCAGUAGCGUUUUCUCGAAAAGAAAUCCACAAUUCGUUCGGUGCAGUCAGAAAAUUCGAAUCGUCGGGCGGUUCGUCGGUAUUCGCUGGAUAACGUUAAUUGAAUCUGCAACCAAUAAGAUAAAGUAAAAGUAUGUGCGCUAUUUUGGAACCGACAGGAACAGCAGCGGUGUGAAAAUUAUCGCCAAUUAUUUUUGUCUCGCUAAACUCCAUCGUCAACCUCUAUAUGGUGGGGUGCAAAACCCUCAGAAGUCGGAUUUCAAAGUGAAUUUUCCUUAUUAUUAUUUAUGGCAGAUUAAAUCUUCUGAGAUGAGCAGUACACGACGUACUGUGCAGGUGUAAAUUCGUUCGUCAAAUGAUCUGUCAUCUGAUCUGAUCUGGAGGUUGGGGGGUUGUGAUCUUUCGAUUGAAUGCCCGAGAGCAAAUCGACCAUCAUCGGACACGGGAUUCCCUGCCUGCUUGCUACCCUACUACUGGUUUAGUAGAUUGUUCAAUCUACAUAUAGCUCUAAACCUAAGUACAUACAUAUAUGGCACCAUGGAACAUCGACCAUUCGUUGCAGCAUCUCGUACAUUGACGAUGGCAAAAAUGAUGUGGCCAGUUAAUGUUUCUAACGGCGACAUCACGUUGAAUUCGUGUUACCACCAGCUGACUUCUGCUACAACUGCAACGAACGGCGGCGCCUUGCCACUGAAAGCCUACAAAGCAUGGAUGUAAUUAUUCACGAAUCGGAUAAUGGAACAUCAGAGGCAAACAACGAGAGCGAAAAAUUUCUCAACGCGUCGUCACCAACGUUUUUGCUGCCACCUUUGGCUUCCACCACGUCUAUACCGGCUUCUUCCGUCACAACAACCGUACACAAUCAAUAUCACCAAAACCACCACCACCAGCAGAAGCAGCUUGCUUGGGACCGAGGGGACCUUCUGGCCUCGUCAGCUGAUUUUCGUACGCCAAACGCCACGAGCACAGUCGUUGGACCGGCUGUCACUUCGCCAUCGAAAGCGAAAGCGUUCGUCUGUGACCUAGAUCUGAGUGCGCCGAUAAUAGGCGCUAAGAAAGAUCGUCCCUAUCAUCAUCAUCUGCUGCACCAGCACUAUCUCCACCAUCAUCACCAGUACAACGAUCUGCAAAUUCAGCUGACCCGGUCGGCUUCCCGGAACGCCAAAUCCCCGACGAAAAACUCCGAGGACGAUUUUGCCACCGGUAGCAACAGCAGAACCACUGCUAGUGAUAUCGAUAUGCGGUCCGACUAUUGCUUCUACCGGUUUCAGCGGUUCAUCUCGCGUAACCCACUGCUCAACUAUCUGCUGCCGAUUUGCGUAAUCGCGGUGCUCGUGUUUGUGAUCUACACCUUCCGGGAUACGGCGAAAAACAUGCUGUUCUGGAUCGAAACGCAAAACUCGUGGAUCGUGUUCGUGAUCUUUCUGUGUUUGUUCACGAUCGUGAGCUUCCCGGUGACAGUGGGCUACCUGGUGUUGAUCAUCAGCAGCGGUUAUCUGUUCGGGUUCAUUAAGGGCCUACUGACAGUGAUUAUCGGUGCUAAUCUGGGAGUGGCGAUCGCACACAACACCAUCAAGGGCCUGCAGUCGAAGCUGCCGAUGCACAAAUUAAUAAGAAACGAAACCGGUCGUGCCAUCCUGCGGGUUAUUUCGGGACCACGAGCCUUCAAAAUAGUAUUAUUUGCCAGACUGACGCCGAUUCCCUUCGGACUGCAAAACACCAUCUUCGGGAUCAGUGCGGUCAACUCGCGCAGCUACCAUACCGGUACGGUCAUCGGGCUGCUGCCGGCCCAAACGAUCAACGUCUAUUUGGGCUCGAAGCUGCGAUCGAUCCACGAGGUGCUCAACGAUCACAAUGCUGCCCUUGGCCUGGCCGGCUACGGGGUAUUUGUGGUUGAGGUUAUUGUUGGUGCUGCCCUAAUGGUGUGGGUUAUUCAGAAGGCGCGGACGGAACUCUCUGCUGCGCUCCUAUCGGACAUGGAUUCGGACGAAAAGAUUCUGAUCGAAAUCGAAGCGUAGGAUUGGACCCAUCAUCGGAAGAUAAUCAAGGGAAAUUCGUUGUCCCAGAAUAGUUGUGUAUAGUCUAUAUGGAUUGUUAAGUUUAGAAUAGAGUAACCAAACAAUGGAACGAAUGGUUUUAUGAUAUUAAGUUUCGGAAAAGGUGCGAUUAGCGAUGGUUUUUUGUUCCUAUGAAACUAACGAAAGACGAGAAGCUGGAAUGUGUUAAUGGUUUACAAAGAUCUGUAUGUAAAUAUUGAAAAAAAAUUCAACCAAAUUCCGAUUCUCGCUCCAAACGCAGCUCUAAUCUAAACUUUUGUUCGUACCAUUGAAGAACAACCGUCCAAACUUGCUUUAAAAACCGAUAUUUUCCACCUCGUUUUUUACACAAACAAGUUUUACUGAAAAAAAAUAGAUGCAUUCGCGCAUUCGAAAGCAAGCAAAUUAGUACAGAGAGAGUAGAGAUAGAGUGUGCAAUAGACUAGUUCACUUUUCGGCUUUUUUCGCUGAUCACAACGCCACUUACAGGGUUUGAUCCUCAUUCAUUUUCAAGAACUCUGGCCGAAUUUGAGCUCAUUUGAGUAAGUUUCCAGCGUGCGCUAGAAGUUUUAUUGAAAAAAGUCCAUUUUUCUGGAAAAUUUUCGUAGAUGUGUUCUAGCAAGCUGUUGUUAAUAUAAAAUGAUAAUUUUAUAGUGCUCGGUGAUUGGUAUGACAAGCAUUCGUAUGGACCUGUUUUAGAUAGUUGACUACCCGAAUACGAAAAUAUUGUAACAUAACGGUUCCUGUUGUAGUUAUAAAACGUUUAGAAACAGUGUAAAAAAACGUUUAGAAAAUUAUAUCUGAAACCAUAAAAAACAUUGCACUUAUCUUGAAUUCCAAAACGACGGUCUGUUGAAUAUGGCGUUAAGUUAUGUUACUGUUUAAAACUGUUAAAACAAUUGUAUGGGGAGACUGUUCUACAAACAGUUAAGAUAAAAUCUAAAAAUCGCUUACGGAAACGUAUUUAGAGCAUUAAACUGUUAUUGUUAAAGUAUUCCAAAAAGUACUCUUGUAAUUCAACUUUUACAGUAACAGUUACGAAAAAAAUUAUGAAACGUUCCUCCAACGUUAUACUGAUGGUCAUGAGAACCGUACGCGAUAAUGGCGGACGCACUAAAGGGGAAAAAAUUUUGGAUUUUCGGAUUUCACAUUAAGUAAUUCAUUUUCAGUAUACAUUUUUAUUUAUUUUUAUAUUUAAACUUACUUUUAAGGCAUGAAGGGUUUGUUUUUUAUUAAUUCUUUGACCCAGAUUCCUUAGUUACAUGGUGGAUAAAGUGAACAAUUUAUGUCCAAGUAAAGUCCGAAAUCUCUGCGGUGCCAUAGCGCCACCCACGAGGGAAAUCCCCCCGGCGGCGUACUAGAGCUGCAAAAGAAAGCAGCAUCGCUGACACUGAAAUGAAAGAUAAAAAAACAUCAAUUCGGUAUCGAAUUUUGAAUACGGCGAAUGCGCCAACUGUAAACAAAUCCAGAUAAUCACAUAAAUGUGUUAAACUAUUCAUUUUACAUCCGAAAAUAUGAUCUCCUUUCAAUUUUUCUUAUUUUAGUGAAGUUAAAUUUAAUUUUUUAAAUAAGGCGAAUAGCUUUUUUUAUGAGUGUGUAAUCCCACAGUUCAUUCGCCCAUUUCCUCUCAAAAUUUCGUCGCGAACAAAAGGGCCAAUAGUUAUUUCGAGAUGGAAAAAGGGCAUUGAAGUUUUCGAAAAAAAAAUUUCCAUGACGAGGAGAUGCACAAAUCAGUAUUUAUAAGAUCGUUGAAUGUGCUAAUGUGUUAACGUGAUCAUUUGGACCCGCUUUUAAGCCGAAAUUUGCUUGAAUAUUGCUUCUUUAAUGAGUGAUCCAAAAGGCGAAUAGUCAUUCUGCAAUUCAAAAGGGCACUCCAAUUUGGCGAAUGAACAAAAUGAGAGCACCAGUCUGUGGUAAAAGGGCCCACAGUUACAUUUAUUAAUUUUUUGUGGUAAUUAGUACGGAAAAGCUAUAUUUAUCGAUCGGGUGUUGAAAUUAAACCAAUUUGAAAGCAUUUUAGCGACUUCUUUAGGAAAAUGAUUGUACGCAGCUAAAUAGGAAAUUGAUUUUAUUUUCUGAAACUUGGAAUGCGUUUUUCUCAAAACAAAGGUCUUGGCGCAUUCGCCGUAUUCAAAAUUUGAUACCGAAUUAGAUGUUCACAUAUACGCAGCUAGAUACACAUUUGCCUACCCAAUAAGCAGCAGGUGAAAACAGGUAAAACAUAAUUCAACUUACCUGAAAAACUGAAUUUUUCAGCCUUACUGCUGGGCUGCACUUCCGGCACCCGAUGUGCCUGCUUUCCGGUACGUUGAACCGAAACAUUCACCGAAAUUCCUCCCGAAAUUGCUGCGGCAGCAAUUCCACCAGCAAAUCGUUUUUAAAUUUCUUUUUCAUCUCUUCUUCUUUUCCAAACUGCUAGCGUGUCAUGACAGCUGUCAUCAGAGGUGCCAGAUGUCCUGAUAAAUCAGGGUUUGUCCUGAUUUUCAAAAGACCGUCGUGAUUUUUUGAAUGUACUGAAUUGUUUUGAUGUUGAAAUAAAAUAUUUAAAUUGUUAUUGCAUUUAGUACAACCAUCAGGAUAUCGAACAGAUCUGUUUUAAUCUUCAGAUUCAGAUGAUAUUCAAAUGAGUUUUUCAUAUAAACUGCAGUCCAGCCAAUAUUCUACUUACCUCUGUUACAUCAAUUAAGGCGAGUACAGUACCUUUAUUUUUCCUUUAUUUACGCAAUUUAAUCAAAAUUUGUAUGUAUCCUGAAAAUCCUGAAAUUUUUCUUCAUGGUCCUAUUAGGUCGGGCAAAUAGCAAUCGCUGCAGAUUUUGUUUUUACUUUUUGGCAGAAAACUGAGCACUUUUGGAAAAGAUUUAACCCGAACUAUAAUUUAUAACUGACAGGCUCAUGACUCCUAAUAAUAAACAUUAAAAAUUGAAGGGUUGUAACCGUUUAUUAAAAAAACUCGCACCGGAACCAAACAAAAUCAACAAAACUAUUGUUUUAAAGAUGAAACAUGCUCAGUUUAGUGAAACUUGUUAAUCUGUCCAAUGUAAAACUCUCUCAUGAAUUCGGGCUGAGUUUUCUUUUUUCAAACCAUCUGGCAUCUCUGACCCGCAUUUCGGUAAUUUUUGACGUGAGUUUGACACACGACAUGAACGCUAAGCGUUAUGGUACGAGAACAGUUUAACGAUUAUUGAUAAAAUUAAAGUAAAUCGUUAAACAAUCCAUUCACCUUUCCAGAAACCAUCACUAUUCACAUGAACGUUCGUUUUAUUUUCUAAUCGUUGUCGAAGUAAAGUUUUAAAUUAUAGCUACGUUUACGGAGACAAUAACUUUUUCUGGGACCGUGGAUGUAUCGUAUUGACUAUUUGUAAUAUAGUUUUUUAGUAUGCGGGUAAAUCAAACCGAAAAAAUUUAAAAAUUUAUAAACUACCAACUUUUACAGAAAAUUUACUUACAAGUUAAGAGCUUAAAAUCAGUAGUAAAUAGAAAAAAAAUAUUUUCGAUAUAAACUUUUCAUAAAAAGAUAACCUUAUUUAUAACCUUUAAUUUGAUGUAUAACACUUAAUGAUCGCAACAGUACAAGCAAAGAUAUUCAAACAUUCACAUCACAUUCUUUGAAUCAUAAUGUUGUCUCCAUUCAAGUUUUAGCAUCAUGCAACCAGCAAAACGUGGCAUCAAGAGGACUUGCUUACAACUUGAUCAAAGCGCGCGCUUUUUUUAACUCCUGGCCCCGUCAUGGGGUACUUGAUUGAAUAAAAUAUCCUUUCUUGUGCACAAGUUGGUGUGGAGCAAACUUGAAUGAAAAAUAUUUUAUCAAAUCAAAUUUGUUGCAUAGAUAAUUGAAUAACUUUGCUAGCACUCUUGCGAUCAUUAAGUGUUAUACAUCAAAUUAAAGGUUAUAACUAAGGCUAUCUUUUUAUGAAAAGUUUAUAUCGAAAAUAUUUUUUUUCUAUUUACUACUGAUUUUAAGCUCUCAACUUGUAAGUAAAUUUUCUGUAAAAGUUGGUAGUUUAUGAAUUUUUAAAUUUUUUCGGUUUGAUUUAGUCAAUUAUCUAAAACAGAUCCAUACGAAUGCUUGUCAUACCAAUCACCGAGCACUGUAAAAUUAUCAUUUUAUAUUAACAACAGCUUGCUAGAACACAUCUACGGAAAUUUUCCAGAAAAAUGGACUUUUUUCAAUAAAACUCCUAGCGCAGGCUGGAAACUUACUCAAAUGAGCUCAAAUUUGGCCAGAGUACUUGAAAAUGAAUGAGGAUCAAACCCUGUAAGUGGCGUUGUGAUCAGUGAAAAAAGCCGAAAAGUGAACUAGUCUAGUGUGCAAACUGAUUAGUCAGUCAUUCGGGUCGAAUUUGCAUAAAUUACCAGAUUGUCGAUGUCCGUUUGCCGCCUUCGGUCUCGAAUAUUUAAUGUUGAUAAAAAAUGUUGAUCAUUCACAACCAAACAUACAGCAGUACAAAAGAACAAUAUAAUAUAUACACUCACAGAUACACAGACGACAUUUUUAACAGCGUUUCAGUCACACCGAAUAGAUACAGAUUACAAAAAAGGGUCAUUUUUGGAUAUGGUUUAUAGUUUUAAUCCUUUUCAACGAAAAACGAAAAUAGGGCGCUAGAAGAGUCGAGCGACUGAUAGUUAGCAAGAUAAUAAAUUAUUGUACGCGAAUUGUUUACUAAACUAUUUUCUACCUACAUUUGUUUGGCGUAAUCGCUCCAAAAUGUUUUCCAUAUUCAAUGUGAUAAUCUAAGUGACACUAUAAAACAAACACAAGAAAAAUAUCGCUGCGAUGAAGCCAUUAUAUUCGAAGUAAGUUAUUUAGUAGCAGCAUUUUAAAUGUAACCCUCUAUUUCUUAUUAUUUAUUUGUAAAGUGUUUUUGCUCUGUACAUAUUUUAGGUAAGCGUUCACCGUUUCUAGGUGUGUAACAACAACAUUUCUCUUAUGAAGAAAACUAUUUAUGUAAGGAUAUUGACUAAAAGACUAUGAAAAUCAAGAAUUCGAAUACAGAUGAUAUGAAUUGGAACCAUCA